AUGUCGAUGAGUUGGACAAGGAAUACGUUGAGUAUUUCAAGAAGAAGUAUGGAGAGAACCCUCGAUCUGACAUCCUUGGCAUUGAUGGAUGUGCUCUCUUUGUCCUCAUCUACAUCGUGGUUGCCGGUGUGGUCUUUACCAUCAUCUUUCUCUCAAUGUACGCGAGGUGCUUUGUGUAAGAAUCCGUUGGGUGUCAUUUUCCCUUGUAGCAGAGCGGAGAGAGCAACAGAGUGCUGCUCCCAGUUCACCACCCACACGGGCCACCGUUAUGUGAGACAAAACACAGUUUAA